AUGCCGCUGAAGGAGAUUAGCUACGAUGGCUACACAAUGGGCCGUGAGUUCAAAGAUUUUGUCACAAUUUGCAACACGUUGUCCAAGAGCGACAUGGGUUGUGCCGAGUCUAUCAUGAAGAAAGUCCUUGACGCUCAGCAAAGGCUGUUUGGCCACGACGAUGCCGACACGCUCUUCACGCAAGAGCACCUUGCCUCGCUCUGCUGGGACCGCGGCCGCCUCGACGAAGCCGAGCGCCUGUACCUAGACAUUUUGCGCGGCUACGAGCGCGUGCCCCCCGACAUCAGCGACCCGCACCACAACGUCCUCAACAACCUCGGCAUCCUGUGCAAGCGACAGGGGCGGUACGAGGAGGCCGAGCGCCACUACCAAGCGGCGCUGCGCGGCCGGGAGGCCCGCCACGGCGCCGCGCACGAGAGCACGCUGCACACGGCGUGCAACAUUGCGCAGCUGCACGCCGAGCGCGGCGACACGGCCGCCGCGCAGGCGCACUGGGCCAAGGCGCUGCCGCUGUGCGAGCGCACCUUCGGCCCGCGCGACGCCAAGACGCUCUCGGUCACGUACAACCUCGGCCUCACGCACAAGAGCCUCGGCGAGCUCGACGCCGCCGGGACGCUGCUGGCGCGCGCGCUGGCCGGUCACGAGGCCGUCUACGGGCGCGAGCACCGCGACACGCUCGACGUGGUGUCCGCGCUGGGGCACCUGCACCUGCUGCGGGACGACGACGCGGCGGCGGCCGCGCUGUACCGGCGGGCCCUCACCUCGCACGAGACGAUGCAGGGCUCCGAAGGGGACGGGGACGGGGACGGGGACGGCGCGCUCCGCGCGUGCCACGGACUAGCCAAGGCGUGCCAGGGCCUGAACCGCAUGCGUGAGGCCGAGGAGAUGGCGGGCCGCGCGCUGCGCGGCUUCGAGGCGCGAGCGGGCCCGGACAGCGACGACGCUGCGGACGCCGCGUACACGCUGUUCCUGGGGUACGUCGAGGAGGAGCGGCUGCGGGAGGCCGUCGUCCUCGGCGCCAGGGUCCUCGCCGGCUUCGUGAGGGGCGCGUCGGCAGCAGCGCGCGCCGAGGAGGCGGGAGCGGCAGACCGCCGGCGGCGGGGCAUCGCCGCGUCUGUGGCGGACAACAUGGCGCUCGCGCACGCCAAGCUCGGUGAGCUGGCGCCGGCGGAGGCGCUGUGGCGGCGCGCGCGAGAGGGCCACGCGGAAGCGCGCGGUGCGGGCGACGAGUUGGCGCUCGCGGCGGCCAACAACCUCGGGCUGCUGUGCGUGCGGCAGGGUGGCCGGCUUGUCGAGGCGGAGGGAUGGCUGCGCGAGGCGCUGGAGGGGUACGAAGCGCUGGAGGGGCCGAGGGGGCAGACGGCGAUGCGGAUCGCGAGGGACCUGGCGUCGGUGAAUGAGGAUCUGGGGAGGGUGGCGGAGAGUGAGGCCAUGGCGAGUCGGGGAUAUCGGUAA